AUGAGCAUCAACGGCACUUGCCCUGACACUGAAGAUGACACCGCCUGUGCUGUCAACGUAGUUGGAUUUGUAUUUAGCCUCAUUUUGGUUCUCAACAAUGCGGCACAGAUUCCGGUCUGGUGCGUGGCCGAUUUCGAGAAGAACAACACGGCUUCCAAGUCAAUCAACUGCCUGGUAAGUAUGUCAGGGUUCUUGGCAGCCGCUCUGCAAAUCACUUUCGAUGGACUUCUCGUGAAAACCGACUGUGAAUACCUGAGAAGCAAAGAUUUCCUGGAAUUCGAUUCCUUCCAGGAGUAUUUGGAGGAUCGCAUCGAGCAGUUGAAGCCGCGAAAACUGGACUCAGGUGACUCAGGCCCAGGAAAAAACCCAGGUGAACCAGAAAAAAAUGAACCCAGAGACGCCAACAUCUCAACUCUUCCAAGUCUUCCAGCUCUCGGCACUCGUCGCCUGAACGCUGACCUCGAUGUCUUCGUGGGAGAUGGAAAUCGAGCUUUGGCCCGGGGAGUUUGUUCCUUGAUCAUCAUGCAGCUGGCGAAUGACCUGCCAUACACUGGGGUCGACAUUUGGGGAGCAGUUCUGAAUUGUGGUUCGAGGUUUGGUCGGAACAUUGCAGAUUAUAAUGAGGAUUGUGCUGCAGAUGCCUUCGGUAUCAUCAGCGACGUCGUAAACCUUGCCACCGAUUUCUUGGUUAUCCUAGCGGCUUGUAAGGAUAAGUUUCCAGAGGAGAUUCCAUGCACUGCGGACUCCACGGACAUCACAUCGAACCUCUUUGCCGUGGGGGCCUGGGGCUUUACGGUGGACCAUACAUGCAACCCCUUCCACAAGGAGCAUGUUACAGUCAACUAUGAUAUCCCCGGUAUCCCUUUCAGGUCCCUUUAA